AUGGCUCCCCCGCGGCAGCGUGCGACAGCCGUUCACGAUGACUCUCGAUCCGAAGGUUCUAGUACUACAAGAGAGCAUAAGACUGGCACUGGAAAAGGCCGCAAGGCAGCAACCAGCUCUGCGGUGGUGAACUCUGUCUCCCAUGCCAAAAUUUCCGCCAGUGUCGCCAAUGUCACCAGCGCCCCCAUGGGAGAUGGCGAUCAGUCAGACAGUCAGCCCAAAAUCCACUGGUCCGAGAUGCCUCUCGAAUUCCUCCACUCCUACCGACACGCCUACAAAAUAUCCUCACCCAGCGCCUAUCCCACCGAAUACUCCCAGCUCCUCCUCUCCCAAGGAAUCGGCCUCUUAUCCCCUACCUCCAUCGCCGCUCAACGAGCCCAACUCCGCCAAACCCAGAACACAAACGGCUCUCAGACCAACACCAAAAAACCCCAUCACCCCCACAUCGCAAGCAGGGCCAAUGGCACCAAAGGCCCCUCAGGACACAAUCCCAAGAAUAAAAGCGCAAUUGAAGGAAAGAAUGCCCUAAACCACAUUAUCGGCCAAGACCGCGUGAGCAAGAAUCACCUCGCAUUCACCGUUCGCAAACAUUUCAAUAGCGCCGGCCUCGCGGAGCAAGAGGCCAUUGCGCGGUUUUUGUACAAAGUUCGCGAAGAAGGUAGAGGAAGACAGUUUCGUCUGAGGUUUCAACCUUAG